ACUUAAACGUCGCUAAAACAUUUGCAACGCUGAAAAGCGAAAUCGAAAUGCAAGAAAAUAUAGGAAACGAGAAACUAUAUAACUUAGACCAUUUAAGUCAUUGGUAUAAAACGCAUUUCAACUUUGAUUUACCCUCAAAAGACUCUCAGUUAAUACAUUCUGACAAAGAGCACGACCCAAUGAGUUUUGAUGUCGACCCAAUAAAUUUUAAUGAUAAAGUGCAACCCGAUGUGGAGGCAAAUUUUGAAAAUGAAAAACAAGAUUUAGUCAAAGGAUUUAUGAUCGAAAAAAAAAUAAUUAAUCAAAAUCAUGAGCAAGACAAACAAAACCUUAUUAAUAAGUUUAUUAAAGAGCGCGAAAUUAUUUUGAAGGAUUUUCAAAAACAGCUUGAGAAAAUAGAAUCUCGACUAUUUGAGGCUUCAAAAACUAAACAUGGUCAACAAAAUGUUGUAAAAAAGCCAAGUACAGUUGAUUCAACAGAGAAACAUGAUAAGUUGAUCGGAGAACAAAUGCUUGAGCAACAAACACCCAAACAAAACUUUGAAGCAUGUGAGAAACAACUAUUUGUACGCCUCGAUGGAUCUCGUGUAAUUAGACCGGAAGAAUUUAUAUUAAAUUUUGAAAUGGAAGAAAAACUAGAAAGCGAAAAAGACUCUUUAGAAAGAAAUUUUCGUAAAGAAAAAGAAAGAAUUAAAGAUAUAUUGGAACUCGAAUAUGAAAGGAAAUUUUUACGGGAAAAACUUGCUCAUGAAAGCGAAAUCAAAAACUUACAUUCUGAUAUUGAUCAUUUAAAAGAUUUGAGAUACGAAGUAGGGAGUUUAUGGAAGGGACAAGCGUCAAAACUCGAAGCGCAGUUUCAAAACGAAAGAAUGGAACUCGAAAAACAUUAUAUUGAAGAGAUUGAACUUAUAAAACGAAAACUUGAGCGGAGACACACACUCAAACUUAAGGAACAACAGCGUGAAUAUGACGAAUCCAUAACAGAAUUAAAAAACGAUUUAAAAAAACUAAAAGCCGAUUUAUAUGAAGCAACUUUGAAUAACAAUCGAUAUAACGAAGAUUUUAAAGAAAAACUGUACAGAGAGUUUCAAGAAAAAUUUUAUAAUGAAACAAAAGCAGUACGUGAACAAAACGAAAAGUUAAACAAAGAGUUAACAAAAACAACAAAGGAAAAAGUAGAAUUAGCUCGUAGAACCAGAGAACUAGAAACAAACUUAGAAAACGAAUCAUCUACAAUAAAAGAAUAUGCAAGUAAGCUAAACCAUGAGUAUCAAAUAAAGUUUCAAAAAAUUAUUUCUGAAAACGAAAGGUUAAAAGCUGAAAAAAGGUUAAUCGAAAACGCAAAUGAAGUAAUGCAUUCAAAUUUAAUUCGGAUUGAGGCCGAAAAAAAAAACCUCGAAAGUAAGCUUUGCUUAAGCGAAAAAAUGUCCAACGAUUGUGAAGAUAGCGUAAAACUAUUGCGAGAUCAGAAUAAAAAUCUGUCCCAGGAAAUAAAUACUUUAAGAAUUGAAAAAACCGAUGUUCAGAAAAACAUUGAGGCCGCUAAUGAAAAAGAACGACAGACCAGAGCAGAACUAAAAAGAAUAGAAGAGGAGUUAAACGAAUCAACAAAUAGAUAUAUUUUUCUUGAACGGGAAAAAUUACAACAAGAAAAGUUAGUCAUUAGCUUGCGAAGAGAGAUAGAAGGAAAUCUGAUAAACCAAAAAGGGGUGUUGUCAAAAAUUGAAAAUUACGAGAGUGAAUCAUAUCGCUUACGAAAUUUACUUGAAACUGAAAGGAACGAAAACAAAAGGUUGCAUGAGCGAUUUCAGCAGGAUGCAGAACUUUUGAGAAAAAAAGACAAUGAAAUUCAAACAGUUAAAGACGAGCUUGAAGCUUUGAAAACUGAGCGCGAAGAAAUAAGAUCAAAAUUAGAAGCAUGCAACGAAAAUCUUCAAAAGUCCAACUCUGAAAAAGCGUCUUUACGAGAAAAAAUUGAGAAACUUAAAAUCACAACUGAUUUGAAUCACAAACAAGAGCUUGUGACUGUGCAAAGUAAAUACGUUGUAGAGUUUAAUAAACGUUUGGAAUACGUAAAAAAAUCAUACGAACAAGAAAUCGAACAGCUCAAAAAUAAAAUAAAAUGCAGUAGUAACAAAGAAGAGCUCCCUGUAUCAUCAACUAUUUCUACAGAAUCUUCAAAAAAUAUUAUCAACAAAUUAGAUAGAAUUAUUUGUAGGCACAGUAUAAAUCAAGAAUUUUGUAACUGCAGUGAAGCAGCAUUAUGUAACAAUAGUUGUUUUAAAAAAACGGAUUCGAGUUCCAAUAACGAAUCUGAGCGAAUGACCUGUUUUGAUUCGUCGUUUGAAAAACGAUUUAGCAGUAACGUUAAAUUUAACAAUGACCAAAACAAACCUCAACUAACAUCAGCAAAUAACGAAAACAUUCAAAAUACAAAUAUUAGAAAUAAAAAGGUUGACGACCCAUUAAUUUUCCAUAGCGAAAGAUGUUCUACUGUUAACGCGUCGCUAUCACAAAAUCAAGAACAUAAUGAAAUAUCAAACAGUUAUCAAAAUCAUUAUUUGUCUAAAUUUACAGAAGACCUAGAAAAGAUAAAAACAUCUCCAAAAUUCUAUAGACAUUUAGAGGAACAGCACGGUAACUUGAGCGUUAAUGAUCAUUCUUUAAAAGAACACAAAAACAAUAGAACUGGAAGAUCUUAUGAAAAAACGAAAUCAAGUAGUAAUUUACCGCAUUGUGUGUCAAUAAACGAUAUUAUUCUUCAGUUUGAAAAAGCGGAAAAGAGUUACGAUAGCCAUCUAAUUCGAACAUUGUUAAAAGACAUUCAAUGUGAGGUCCAUUUGUUAAACAAAAUGAUCGAUGAAAACACACCGUACUCCUCCCCGCGACACAAAGAUAACCAAACAAUAUUUAAAAAUAAAGAUCAUAAUAAAACAAAUGAUAAGCACAAUAAAAGUGGCACGAAAGCUAAUGAAGUUCAGAAUGCAUUACGUCACUUGCACUCGGAAAAUUACGAACUACACCAGGAAUCAACGCCGCAAUUAAACGACACAACUGAGCAUGAAUCGAGUUAUAACGAGUUACUAAAACGCCGAGCUAUGCUAGAAAAAUUGGUAGACAUAUUGCAAGAGAAAAUGCAAGAAAAACGUCGUGAAAAAAAAAGUAAACAGGAAGCAAUCAUAGAAGAUAGUUCGAAUGAUGAGGACUCUACAAUUUAGCUAUUGGAACAAAUUAGUUUUAGUUAUAAAUUGUUUUUCACUGUAUAUAAACUACUGUACAAACCUUUUUAAAUAUAUGUAUGUAUGUAUUUAUGUAAAUGCAUGUAUAUA